GCGCUGUUAUUGUUCCUACCCGGUUUUCAGAAUGCUAAUUCGAGGUUUGGCUAGUUAGCUAGCUGGCAUAUAUAUUUUCUUUCUUUCUUGACGUAUGGCUUCUGAAAGAUGGAUUCUUUAGAUCACAUGCUCACAGACCCUUUAGUCUCAGGGAUGGGCUACGAUGGCUGUGUGAUGGAGGAGUGCAUGUUGGGAAACUGCAGAGUUCGGAUACCAGAAGAUUUUCUAGAAGAUCCAGAGAUUUUCUUCUCUGUGAUGAGUGAAAGCACCUGGUCUGAGGUUCUGACUGAUGGCCAGAGACAACAUCUUCGUCAGCUCCUACCACACUUUCCAGAGAAUAACAGUUCAGAGCAAGACAGGGUCAUUAGUGACCUAUUCAAGGGCCAGAACUUCUGCUUUGGAAACCCUUUGCACCUUGCCCAGAAGCUCUUUAGAGAUGGCUACUUUAACCCAGAAGUGGUCAAGUACAGGCAACUCUGCACAAAGUCCCAGAAAAAGCGUCAAAUCUACUCUCUUCAGCAGUACUACCACAAGCUGCUCAAGCAAAUCCUCAUCUCCAGAAAGGAGUUGUUGGAUAUGGCUGUUCGCAGUGGGCCUGAGCUGGCAGUGAAACGGCGUUACCCUCCUCCUUCGCACAGAGAGGAGCGAGAGCAGCGCGUGAGGAGCAGAGUGAGCCGUAUACUACGGGAGGUAAAGACCGAGUGUGGGGAUAGCAACGUGUCGUCUGAUGAAGAUGACACAGCCUCUUGGCUGUCAACGCCUCCAUCCCCGUCUUCUCCGACACCGACAGUCUCUCUCAGGGUUUUGCCCAGUCUCUCCACCCAGGACAUGAAAACUAUAGAUAAGCCUGAGCUGGGAGAGAAAGACUUGAGAGCCAUGCUGAGAAGACAUAGAGAGAAGAGGAAACGACAGCCAGAUCAUCCUGACUUGAUGACAUCGGACUUGCACCUUGGUGACAUCAUGUCACGAGUAAAUAUAGGCAGAAAAGGAUCCAGUAUAGCCUUAAUUGACUUGGCCUUGUCAAAGAAAAAGAUGAGGGAAGAGAAAAGGAGGAAGAAGAUGCGGCCUAUUAAAACCGAAGCUGACGACGGCUGUGAGGGUCAGACACCAGCAGCCUCGUUGUCUGCCACCAUUAGCGACAGCACACCUGCUCUUCUGCAGAGCGUUAAGGAAGAAGCUAUGGAGGAGUCUCAGAACAGCCCUGACACAGUGGAGGAAAUAGCCAUUAGCUUCUUUCAUCUGUUGGAAGACAUCCUUAGACAGGAGAAUCUGGCAUCCUCGUCACUGAUUGAGGAGAAGGUACAGCAGUGGCAGGCCUCUGCUGCUAGUGCACUCAAUCCCUGGUUCUCCAUGACCCCCUGCUGGUCAGAGCUAAUAAUACCGGCACUACAGUUCUUAGCUGGGGAGAGUAAGUCUGGCUCUAUGGCUUUACCGAGUGGCUUCACUCCAUAUGUGGAAUUCAGAGAGCUCACCCAACAGUGGAAAUGGAUUGGACCCACUCAGGACAGUGAAAAGGAUCUCGGUGCUCUUUGCAUGCUUUGGUUGGAAUCAAAAGACCAUGUUGUAGUCAAGCAAGAAGGGGAAGAAGCAGCAGAAUUGACUCCUCCAGCUCCCAGAGUGUGGACUGAUUAUGUGGUGAGGCCCAGCACAGGAGAGGAGCGGCAUGUCUUUCAAGAACAGGAGCAGCAACGGUAUGACCAGCCUCACAAAGCCUUCACCUUCCGUAUGCAUGGCUUUGAGUCUGUGGUGGGGCCAGUCAAAGGAGUUUUUGAUAAGGAGACCUCCCUCAACAAAGCCCGUGAGCACUCACUGCUGCGCUCUGACCGUCCAGCUUACGUCACCAUCCUCUCGCUGGUGCGGGAUGCAGCUGCCAGACUGCCCAAUGGUGAAGGCACCCGAGCUGAGAUCUGUGAGCUGCUAAAAGACUCUCAGUUCUUGGCUCCUGACGUCACCAGCGCGCAGGUGAAUACAGUUGUUAGCGGUGCUCUAGACCGCCUGCACUAUGAGAAGGACCCAUGUGUGAAAUACGACAUUGGUCGCAAGCUGUGGAUCUACCUGCACCGUGACCGGAGUCAGGAGGAGUUUGAGAGGAUCCACCAGGCUCAAGCAGCUGCAGCCAAGGCACGAAAAGCUCUGCAGCAGAAACCCAAACCAACCCCUAAGCCUAAGUCUGGAAACAAGGAAGCAGCUGUGAAGAGCAGUACUACAGAUGGCCAGAGCUCAGCACCUGAAGGGGUUUCUAUGCCUGCUGUCAGCUUACCUCAACCCCCCAGCACACCAACACCAAGCACCCCAGGCACACCAAAAUCUCCACUACCCCCUACUGUGUCUACACCAACCAAAGCAGCCGUGCCAGAUCCAGUCAAAACCAGUCCAAGUGUCCUGCUGGUGUCUCCUCCCUCCAUGCCUCAGCUGGGUACUUUACUAUCUGCUGCUCAGGUCGCUCCUCAGGCCUCCCAGCAGGCCUCAGUGCAGCCUGCAGCUCGAGUGGUAGCUCAUUCCGCUUCAACGGGGUCUCUGCCACAGGUGCGCGUAGUAACUGCUCAGCCUGGCCUUCCGGCUGCUUCUGCAGGCCAGGCAGCCACACUGAUCCACCACCAGACCCCCCACCAUAUCAGACUGCCUGUUAGUGUGGCCCACAGUAAGGGCAUUGCCCAGGCUAUGGUGACUCUUCCUUUGAGGAGUCAGUCCACAGCAAGUCCUAUCCAGGUGCAGGCGUCAAGAGCUCAAAGCGGCAUCUCUAUGCCAGGCCUGGCUUCUGCUGUUGCUGUCAGUAAAGCUCAGAGCAGUUCGCCAGGAAGCCCAACUCCCAACACUCCGUCUCCUGCAGUGCUACAAGGGGUCACCAGCCAGAACAUCAUCAAACAGGUUGCCAUUACUGGUCAACUAGGUGUGAAAGCCCAAAACCCAGCAGGCAUCCCACUGACUGCCACCAACCUCCGAAUUCAGGGUAAAGAUGUGCUGCGCUUGCCGCCCUCUUCAAUCACCACCGAUGCAAAAGGACAGACGGUGCUGCGCAUCACCCCAGACAUGAUGGCUACUCUCAAACUCACCCCUGACAUGCUGGCCAGCGCCAGCAGCACUACUGCUAAGGGUAUUUCUGCCACUCUGCACGUGACCCCACAGCAAGCCCCUCCCACCGUUUCAUCUAAUCCCGUCCCCCCAUCCAGUGCCGAGGCCCUGCCUGCCAAGGCUCCGUCUUCCCUGCCAGCACCAGGCACCGCUACCCUGGUAAAGGCCACAUGUGACACUGCUAUCCGCCUCAUGCCUGCCCUGGCUGUCACCAUGGCAGACCCCAAAGCCCGCACCUUCUCCACCGUCACCUCUUCGGACUCCAAAGCUGGCGGGACCACCAUUCGCAUUGUGCCCAGCCUGGGUGUGAUACCACCGAAACAGGGACAGACAGUUCCAGUCACCACUACUACAAGCUCUAAGCCUGGAACUGCUUCUUCAGGGGCAGCUACAGUUACCAUAGCAGCCAGUGGAGUGGCAGGUGCUAAAGGGGUAUCACUGGGCAACCCUGCUGUGGGUUCACCACUCUCUCUGGGCUCUGCAGCAGCCACAGUGAGACAAGUGCCUGUCACUGCUACAGUGGUGGCCACACAACCAGGGAAGUUACCUGCAAGGAUCACGGUGCCUUUGUCCGUUCUUAGUCAGCCUCUUAAGAGCAAAAGUGUGGUCACUACACCAAUACUGAAAGGAAACAUCAAUACCAAUAUUGGUAAUCUUGGCAGGAAUAUUAUCCUGACGAGCAUGCCAGCAGGUACCAAGCUCAUUGCCGGGAAUAAGCCUGUCAGCUUCGUUACUGCUCAGCAGCUGCAGCAGCUGCAGCAACAGGGCCAGGCCACACAGGUUCGUAUCCAGACUGUCCCAACACAGCAACUGCAACAGCACUCAGCAUCCAGCUCCCCUAAAUCUACAGUGUCCACUGUGGUGGUGUCCACUGCCCCCUCAGCCAAAACAACCCCUGACCCAUAGUAAUUCCACCAACAUCUUAAAUCAGACUACAGCACCAUUCUGUGGAAAGCCAGUGUUUGCCAGAGCUCUCUGAAAGUCUGAAAUAUUGGCUUUCAUUUCACAGGGAGCUGUAGUCAAGUGUAGUAUAGAGUCUGCUGUUUUCAUGCUCCAUGCUGGGCGAAAAGGUAAAGAAAACCAACACAAAUACAAGUUCACCUUCAACUAUGACAUUUUCCAUAAUAAAGAGACGUCCUGUUUUGUGAACUGA